GCCCCGCCGGAAGCGGCGCCCGGGACCGAUGGCGGCGCUGGCGCGAGCCGCGAUCUGCCAGGCUGGAGUGCCUCAGUGGAUAGCAGCAUGCACUGGAUUGCCACAGACAACCACAGUCCAAGGCCAGUGUAGAUGGAUGCUCGGUGGCAUUUUCCAGAGACACAAGGCUGGCCAGUUCCAACUGUCUAAAUCCUGUGGAUUGACUCAAGCCAAUGGAGCCAUUACACAACAAAACAGAUGGUUUUAUAAUACAAACAAGCAUCUUUCUGCAAAAGAUUCCCUGCAGUCCUCUGAAGAGAAAGUGGGUGCUUUCACAAGGAUAAUAGAAGCAAUGGGUUUCACAGGACCACUGAAGUAUAGCAAAUGGAAGGUGAAGGUGGCGGCGCUGCGCAUGUACACGUGCUGCGUGGAGAAAACUGACUACGAGGAAUUUUUUAACAGGUGCCAAAUGCCUGAUACUUUGAAUUCAUGGUUUCUAGUAGCCCAGCUUCAUGUCUGGAUGUGCCUGGUACGAAUGAAGCAGGAGGGGCGCACAGGGAAGUACAUGUGUCGCUACAUCGUUCACUGCAUGUGGGAGGACGUGGAGCAGCGCGGGAAGGUGAUGGGGAUUAAUUCUGUUGUCCUAAAGGAAGACAUGAGAACCAUGGUAGAAAACUUUUAUGCAGCUCUGUUUGGAUAUGAUGAGGGAAUCUUGUCUGAUGAUCACGUUCUGGCAGCAGCUCUUUGGAGAAACCUUUUUAACAGGAACUGUGAGGACCCUCGGCACCUGGAGUUACUCGUAGAAUACGUGCGCAAGCAGGUGCAGCACCUGGACACGCUGAGCGGGGAGGAGCUGCUGCUGACGGGCGAGGUGAGCUGGCGGCCGCUGGUGGAGGCCGACGCCCGCAGCAUCCUCAGGCCGCCCGCCCCGGUCUACAAUGACGAAGGACUCUGAGCCUGCUGGCACCUUGGCUCUUCUAUCAGCUUGCCAGAUCAGCUUGGGAAGCAUGCCUGGAAUGGAACUGGGCUGAGGCCAAGGGGUCAGGGAGGAAAAUCUGCUGGUGGAGAGGAAAGAUUUAAUUAGGUGUCCUAUCAGUGGUGACUCAGGAGCAGAUCGGACAGCCACGCUCUUCUGAAGAGUCACCCACAAAUAAAUGCUGCUUGGUUUGAGAACCUCUGUCCUUUUUCAGGCACUGAGUGGUCCUUGCUGACAAAUGGAAAGCCCUGCCUUCUGUCUUUAGGAAACCAGGUAUUUUACCGUGACUUAGAAUUCUCUCAAGAAGAUGUUUCUGUCCUUUGCCUCGUUUGAAGAGCUGCUACAUAGAGACACAGCCGUGUCCUCUGCUCCCUGAGUGGUUGUGAAUGCAAAUGUGAGCUUUGCAUAUUAGAUUUAAUGUAUUUUCAAAGCCUGAUCUGAAAAUGGAACGGUCCGUUUUUGCUUUAGUGGAGUCAAGCAUUGCUUUAACAGAUUCUGAAGGGUUUUCUGUGAAAAUCCGUUUUAGGAACUCUGCUCUGUUGCACAAGGAUGGGAGGAUGCAAAGAAUCAUGUGCAGUCCCCAGUAAUCAAUCCUCUGUGACUGUCACCAUCGUCAUGAGAACAAAGCCCCAAACAUAGCUGGGCUGUCACCAGAAGCUGCCUCCCAGUGCUCCGUGUUUCCAUCUGCCUUGCUGAUCCUUCUGUGUUCCUUCUAGAGUUGUGGUCUAAGAAUUUCUUUAUGAAAAGAAGAUCCCAGUUUCUGUCUGUGGCUCUUAGGGAGACAGGACUGUGCUGUCCCCCACCCCCAGAGCAGUGGUCCAGGGCUUUGUGACAAGCCCUGUCAACCCCAGGGAAAACUGUGUCUGGCUGCGCAGGCAGGUUAUGCCAACACAGUAAUUAUGGGAGCAGGAGCUCUGCUGAUGAGAUCAGCAGGGGCUGAGGUGUGCUGUGUGGGUGGAUGGUUCACCAGGCUAUUCCCAGGUCAGUAACAAAAACAGUUUUCAUUUCUCUCCUGUCUAAAAUCCUAGUCAAUAAAUCCAUGUCAGUCGGGGUCAGCCGGGUGUGUAUGUUCUGUGCCGUGUGCGCUUUUGAUAAGAUCAAGCCUUGUCAUAUCAGGAUUUAUUCCUAAUAAAACCAUUGCACAAAAGUCAA